AUGACGGAGAAACAAAGGAAGAGGGAGAGCAUGGGUGAAAUCAGGAUCCGGGUUGACGGCUCCUCUCGCGCGCUGCAGUAUGAGACGGUGCAGGCGGUGGACAAUGGACCCAUCCUCCGAGACAUGGCCUUCUCCAUCGAUCAGCACUACCUCUACGUCAUGUCCGAGAACCAGCUGGCGAGGGUCCCGGUGGAGGCUUGCAGUCAAUACUCAACCUGCGGUGACUGUCUUGGAUCUGGAGACCCCCACUGUGGCUGGUGUGUCCUGCACAACAUGUGCGCCAGAAAGGAGAAAUGUGAGCGCUCAUCAGAGCCCCGCCGCUUCGCUUCGGACAUCAAGCAGUGUGUGCGUCUCAGUGUCCACCCAAACAACAUCUCUGUGUCCCAGUUCAGUGUCACGUUGGUGUUGGAAGCUCACAAUGUCCCCGAACUUUCCGCUGGUGUCAACUGCUCCUUCAAGGACCUGGCUGAGAUGAACGGCUUGGUGGAGGGAAACCGGAUCAAGUGCUUUUCACCUGCUGAGAAGGAGAUGCCGCGCCUUAGCGUGGACAAAGGUGACCACCAGAUCGUGCAGCUCUAUCUCAAGUCCAAGGAAACGGGCCUGGCUUUCGCAAAUACCAGUUUUGUGUUCUACAACUGCAGCGUCCACAAGUCGUGUUUGUCCUGUGUGAGCAGUCCCUACCAGUGCCACUGGUGUAAAUACCGACAUGAUUGCACCUACGACCCACGCACGUGCUCCUUCCAGGAGGGACGGGUCAAGAAGCCUGAGGGGUGUCCCCAGCUGCUGCCUGCAGAGAGGAUCCUGGUUCCAGUCAACGUGGUGAAGCCCAUCACUCUGCGGGCAAAGAACCUCCCCCAGCCCCAGUCCGGUCAGAGGGGGUACGAGUGUCUGCUGACCAUCCAGGGAAGCGAGCACCGGGUUCCUGCCCUGCGCUUCAACAGCUCCUCAGUGCAGUGUCAAAACACAUCGUAUUUCUAUGAUGGGAUGGAGAUGAGCAGUCUUCCCGUGGAGCUGACCGUCAUCUGGAACGGAGAUUUCAGCAUCGAUAACCCCGCACACAACAAAGUCCAUCUGUACAAGUGUGACGCCCAGCGCGGCAGCUGCGGCCUGUGUCUGAAGGCGGACCCGCUGUUUGGCUGUGUUUGGUGCAAAGGGGAGAACCGCUGCACCCUCAAGCAGCACUGCCCGCACCCCGAGAACCAGUGGCUGGAGCACAACGGCAUCAACAGCAAGUGCACCCACCCCCGGAUCACACAGAUCACCCCUCUGCGAGGUCCCAGGGAGGGCGGCACGCUGGUGACCAUCCGUGGGGAGAACCUGGGCCUGGAGUUCACAGAGAUCCAGGGUAACGUGAAGGUGGCUGAAGUGGACUGCACCCCGAUACGAGAGGGCUACAUCCCUGCAGAACAGUAG